GUCACCGUCAUGAAGACUUGUCUAAUCGUCCUCGCCUUCCUCGGCAUGGCGGCCGCCGUCCCCGGCCUCCGCCACCGCCGCGACUCCUUCCCCUUCCUCUUCGAGCUGCCCUCCAACGCCUCCCUCAUCCUGGGCGGCAUCCAGACCGGCUUCGAGUGCGGCGACCUGCCCUAUGGCUACUACGCCGACACUUCCAACAACUGCGCCAUCUACCACGUGUGUCUGCCCUACGUCGACAAUGACCUGUACGUGACACGCCACUUCUCCUUCCUAUGCGGCGCAGGCACCAUGUUCGACCAGGAGCGCCUCGUCUGCGACUUCCCCGAGAACUCCGUUGCCUGCCAAGAAUCCACCUCCUUCAGGAGAGUCAAUGAGUACUUCGGCCGCCCCGUCAACUUCCUUGAGAAGUAAACAAAGCAGGGAGGUCAUCCCUGCCUGAUCAGGAUUGAGUAUUUUCCCUGUGUUAUGAUACUGCGGCACUGGGUUAAGCGGCCAUUGUCUUUCAUUCCAUGAUUGUCAAGUUCAAGUAUCUCCCGGCUUUGUUUCAAAUUUAUGAUUAGUGAACAUUCUUCUUCUUUUUUGACGCGGAAGAAUCGAUUGCCUUUCUCUUCUCUUUUUGUAAAUCAUAUUUAUGUAACGGUUAUGGACCAUAUGUUUAAUAAAAGUAUUUUUGAAUCUACUA